AUGGACGAUUUCGACCCAGUCCCCUCCGACGACGGCGAUGGCGCCGCCGCCGCCGCCCUCGCCUCCUCCUCGCCUGGCCGCUCCAUCUGCCACGCCGGCUGCGGCCGCCCGUCCUGCGUCUGCCUCUGCCCGUACCUCCCUCCCUCCCCUAUCCCGACCUCCACGACCGUCGUCAUCCUCCACCACCCGCACGCACUCCGCCGGAACCCGCUCUCGACGCUGCCCCUCCUGGCGCGGUCCCUCUCCAACCUCCGCCUCGUCCCGGGCCGCCGCCUCCUCCCCUCCUCCAUCCCUCCCGCUCCCACCCCAGGCCCCGUCCUCCUGUUCUACCCCUCGCCCGCCGCCUCCGACCUCGCCUCCUGGUGCCGGUCCACGCCGCGGCCCGCGCGCGCCGCCCCCACCCUCCUCCUCCUCGACGGCACCUGGAGGCAGGCCAGGGAGAUGCACGCGGCCAGCCUGCCCGUCCUCUCGUCUCUGGGCGUGGUCCCCGUCGCCCUCCCCGUCGACAGCUGCGCCGACGGGGACAGCAUGUUCGAGUCCGACCUCGUGGUCAGUAAGGAGCCGCGCAAGGGGUGUGUGAGCACUAUGGAGGCCGUCGCGAGGGCGCUGCGGCUGCUGGAGCCGGAUGGGAACGGCGCCAUGGUUGAGGAGACCAUGCUCGGUGUGCUCCGGGCCAUGGUCGCCUUCCAGACCGAGCAUUUGCAGCACCGGACGGUGAAGCCGAGAGUGAAGAUGAGGAAGAAGACGGAACUCAAGAGGGAGGAGGAGAUGCAGAGGAAUGCUGCACUGAUUUGA